UGUGACUUGCGUAACUGGCAUCUUUAGUCUUUACUUCAUUUCCUAAAACCCUAAAUCGUGCCUCUCUUUUUUUGAAUUCUAUUAGGUUUCAAGUCCCAUUUUUUUCUUUAUCAAACUGUCUUUGGAGUUCACAUAACACCGGGUAUAAUGGCUGCUAAUAAUGAUCUACCUCCUGGUAUCGACAAAGAGCAGGUUUUUGGGAUGCUAGCAAUGGAGAUGGAGUAUAAGGUAGAACUGUUUAACAGGCUCGCUAUGGCAUGUUUCAACAAGUGUGUUGACAAGAGGUACAAGGAACCUGAGCUAACUAUGGGUGAAAAUAGUUGCAUUGACCGCUGUGUUUCAAAGUAUUUUCUGGUGAAUGGUAUAAUCGGCCAGAUGCUCAGUGCCGGUCAGCGUCCGAUGUGAAAUUCAGACCUGCUCUAAUUUGGGAUUUUUGUUUCUAAAUGAAAGCAUGCUGUUAAGUAGGCUCUACGCAUGGGAAGGAUACUGAAUUUAUUUACUCUGUUACAUCAGUUUUUAUUUUUUGGUCAUUCUAUUGUACUGCAUAAUCAAUGGCAAACUAACUGCUGGCUGCUGUAAUAAAAUUUUUGACCCAGUAAUGAGUAGUAUUCUUUGUUGUUGUGUACUA